CAACUGUUCCGCAGCCAGCAGCAACAGCAGCAGCAGAGCGCGCCGCAGCAGAUCCAGUUGCUGCAGCAGCAGCAGUACCUGGCCACCCAGCAGCAGCAGCAGCUGGGUAUCGCCGCGCCCGCCGCCACCUUCACCAGCGCGCCCUACCUCAUCAACGCGCAGGAGCCUUACCUCAUCGCUGGGCCGACCGUAGUACCCCAGUACUAUGGCAUGGGACCAUGGGUGUACCCGGCCAACAUCAUCCAGCAGGGUGCUGCGGGUGCGCCUCAGCGGAGGCCCCUCACACCCUCCUCGUCCACCGAGCUCAGCAACAGCACCACCAACCUCACCCAGGUUCAGGGCCAGUACCAAGUUAUCCCUGCCUACUAUGACCAGAACGGUUCCAUAGUGAUGGGCAACGUGCGGGGGAUCGGCAACGGCACCCCGAUGAGACUCGUAUCUCCAGCACCUGUGAUAGUGAACGCCGGCACCCCCGGCGGCAACAUGCGCCUGUUGGGCAGCCAGCCCCAGCAGAUCGCGACUCCCCCGGCGGCCUCGUCCAUCUACAGCGGGAACCAGCCCGGCUCUCUCUACUCAAGUUCAAACGGGACCACCAUUGGCGGUGGUGGGUUUGCUUCUCCGUCUGCCUCUCACGGGUUUGGGAGCAGCAACUUGGGCACUAUUGGAUCACCUGCGAGCCUGUCCUCCCUUGGAGCAGGAGUGGACGUGUCAGGCACUGGCCUCGGUCUGGGCACAGGCAGUACAGGCAGGCGAGACUCAUUUGACCGCAACACAUCUGCAUUCUCGCCAUCACUUGAGUACAACAGGGGGAAAUGGCCGCAGAGCUAUGGUGCAUUAGGAACAGUAACUGCAUCUCAGAGCCCUUUGGGAUUGACUUCCGGGUCUUUAACGCCACCACCACAAUCUCUCUCGGCCAUGGGUAGUUCAUCAAACUUGGCGUUAGGAACAUUAAUGGGAGGAGCUGUAAACCACCGCAGUAGUCUGUUAUCUGCUGCUCCUGGAGCUGAAGCCGCUAAAUUCCGCAACGGAAAUGUUGGUCCCCACUUGGUCUCACAUGGGCUCACAGCCAAUGGCAUGUUUGGCUCCAGCUCCUCUCUCUUCAGUAAGUUUGGAGCCACAAACCCUCGAGGAACUGUUGGCUCAGGGCUUGAGAAACCACCAGGCAGAAGUAGACUACUUGAAGAUUUCAGAAAUAACCGGUUUCCCAGCUUGGGCUUACGAGAUCUGGCAAAUCAUAUUGUUGAAUUUUCUCAAGAUCAACAUGGAUCUCGUUUCAUCCAGCAAAAGCUUGAGAGGGCUUCUGUUGCUGAGAAGCAAAUGGUUUUUAAUGAGAUUCUCUCAGCAGCUUAUAACUUAAUGACUGAUGUAUUUGGCAACUAUGUCAUCCAGAAGUUCUUUGAAUUUGGAACCCCUGAACAGAAAACAACUUUGGCACAAAAGGUGCGGGGUCAUGUACUACCACUUGCACUUCAAAUGUAUGGUUGCCGCGUAAUUCAGAAAGCCUUAGAAUCCAUCUCCCCUGAGCAACAACAGGAAAUUGUGAAUGAGCUGGACGGUCACAUUUUGAAAUGUGUGAAAGAUCAGAAUGGAAACCAUGUUGUGCAGAAAUGCAUAGAAUGUGUAGAGCCUCAUGCCCUGCAGUUUAUCAUUAAUGCUUUCCAAGGCCAAGUGUAUGCUCUUUCAACACAUCCUUAUGGAUGCAGGGUCAUCCAACGCAUUCUUGAGCACUGCACUCUGGAUCAGACUGCUCCAAUCUUGGAAGAACUUCACAGCCAGACAGAGCAGUUGAUUCAGGAUCAGUAUGGAAACUAUGUUAUCCAACAUGUAUUGGAACAUGGAAAACCGGAGGACAAAUCUCAAAUCAUCAAUUCUGUGAGAGGAAAGGUGCUUGUACUGUCGCAGCAUAAGUUUGCAUCAAACGUGGUGGAGAAAUGUGUUACUCAUGCAACACGUGCUGAAAGGGCAUUCCUGAUAGAAGAGGUGUGCAGUUUCAAUGACAAUGCAUUGCACGUUAUGAUGAAAGAUCAGUAUGCCAACUAUGUUGUUCAGAAGAUGAUUGAUGUGUCUGAGCCUGCACAGAGAAAAGUGCUUAUGCACAAGAUCAGGCCACAUCUUAAUUCACUCAGGAAAUAUACAUAUGGCAAGCACAUUAUUGCCAAGCUGGAGAAAUACUUCAUGAAGACUGCUAAUGCAGUGAAUGUUGGAGGCGUUGGUGUUGUUGGAAGUGACCUUGGGCCUAUUGGACCUCCACCCAGCAAUGGAAUGUAAUGAGGGCUCUGAAAUAGGAAAGCCAAAGCCUUCCCUCAGAAGUUGCCCACUACUGAGUCUUUGGCCUCCAUUCAACCUUGCUUCAUAGUUUGGUGGAAAGUUAUGGGGGAAAUUCAAGGUGUUCUUUUUCUCUUUCAAUACUGUAUGUGCUCUUUUUUUUUACAUUUACUUAUGUGACAGAUAGUUCCCUGUGAGUAAUUACUUUUAGUAUUUUAACUCUGGAGAAAGUUAAUGGUUAUCUUUCCAUUGAGUAUGGCAUAGUGACUUGUGCAGAAAUAAUAUCUGAAAGGAUUGUGGACCAAGAACAGACAGGACAGCCCUUGGACUUUUACUAUUGUAUACCUGUGUACAUUAGGGGCAAGUUGAUCAUAUUUAUUUUAAAUUAUUUUAAUUUUUUUUUUUUUUUCAUGUAGUCCAUAGAAAGCUGUACAGAUACUUCCAUUGAUCUUUAGGGGCUGUGUUUUUCAUUUUACAAGACCCUGAUUAGUUCAUGCCUCAAUUCUUAUGAAAUUUAGUUAGGCAUGCUGGAAAAUUAAAGUUAAAUUCUCUGAAGUUGUGAUACACACUCAGGUAGUAAAUCGAGGCUACAGAGUUUGAGCUCUAUGUAAUAGUAAAUCAAUCUCAUUUGUGCCUCUUAGUGGUCACUCUAUCCUUAAUGUCUCCAUGACACUACCAGUUAAUUAUGCAACCAUAAGAGGUCAUGAAUUAAACAAUUAUAUUGCCUGAAACUGUAAAUUUAGAAGCAGGGUACCAAAUAUUUUCAAAUGUGACUGUUCCUCAAAGAAGAAUGAAUACAAAUCCUGAAGUAGCCUGCAAGGUAGACAUCAAGGAAGUAGUAGUAUGUAGUAUACCUGAAUAUCAAAAAAGGACCAAUGUAGACUACAUUUCCAGCUGUAAAUGUCUUCUAGACCUGAUGUCUUGGCUCUUCUGAAAUUCCUCUUACCGCUCAAAAGUGAAUGCCAUUUUCCAGUGAAACUUCUUCUGAGAGACCGUGUGCUUCAAACUUGACAGUACAUGAACGUCCCAAUAUUCAAAAUUAUUAGGAUGUACAAGUAAAGUGAAAGUUAUUGCCUGUUUAUUAGUGUAAAAACUGUAUGUGUAGAACUUAAUUUUUUCAUAAGUGCAGCAAGCAAGUAAACCAAUCAAGGAAUGUAAAUAUAUUGACUGUUGUGUAGGUGUAAACAAUAUUUAAAGUAUCUUUGACAUGGCAUUUAUUUGCUUUCAUGUAUCAUUGUCCUUGGUUAUUUGAAAAAUGAAUUUGUUUUAAUGAUUUCCUAAUAUUAUUUUUUUAUUUGCCCUAUUGUACAGUCAUUGACUGCCCUUCUCCUAAUGUUCUCAUUGUGCAGCAUGAAUAAUUGUGUGAUUGUAAAAAUGAAAAAUUAGUACACUUUUUAUCAAUUGUGUAUUGUAUGAUUUAUAAAUAUGGAGCAAUCAAAUUGUAAAAUUGGAUCACUGACAUGUGUAAACAUUUUUAAAAAUUGGAAUAUGAUGCAUUGUAAAGUGUACAGGCAAAAAUUUGAACAGAGAUAUCCCAAAUUAUUUUUAUUAUUGACUUCAUUUGGACUCUGUAUUUAAGUCAGGUACAGAAAAGGGAUUUGUUGUUUAGUACAGGUGUCUAUUUAAAGCAUUUACUAUGUAUUAAACAUUGUGUAUUCAGCGGUCUGUCUGCAAAUUCCAAAUGCAACUACCCCAACUUGCUUUUAAAGUAAACAUAACUUCUAUUGUUUGUAGGCGAGUUUAAUCCAUAGUUUUCUAUUUGUAAGAUGCUAAUCUUUAAAGUAAUUAAAUUUAGCUUCUAAACUAGCGUUAGUGUUUUCUCAGAUUCUCCUUUAUUCUAUGUCCAACAAGUUUUUGAACUAUUCCUGUACACCUGUACACUUUUUCUUAUAGACAAUUUGUAUAUUGGUCAUACUGUUAUUCCUUACAUUUGGAGUCAAUUUUACCUUCCCUGGAAUUAACUAUGUUAAUGCAUUUUCAUCUUGUAAUUAUUUUCAGCUUUGUAAGUACAAAAAUCUCGCAUUGCAUUUGUUAAUUCUGUAAUUUUUAAAUUUGGUGUGAUAAUCAAAUUCCUGUUAAAUCAUCCUGCUCUGAUGUGGAAAUGAGGCAUUGUACCAAACACAAUGUUGUCAGCAGCUUUCCUUUUGAUUUUGCCAUAUGCUUUCUCUUUAAUUCUGUAAAAAAAAUAAAAAUGGUCCCCUCUUAUUAGAUCUGUGCUAUGUUAUAUUCAUACCUAAUGUUUCUUGCAUUGCACUGUUGGAUUCAAACUGAAAUUGUAUCCGAAAAUACUUUAUGAAAGCAUAUGACUGUUAUAACUCAGCAUCAAUUGGUCCAUUUCCCAGGAAUCGUGUAUAUGGAUAUGUAUAUUUUCAUGUGACUUAACUCAAAAGAUACCAGUUUUGUGAUUAUUCUGAUUUUUGGUGAAAGACAAUUUGUUUCUUAGAACUGGACACAGUUCAGAAAUACACUUUGUUUGGCAUGUCUCUAAAAUUUGUUUUGUGUGUGUUCUAGCUUCCUUGCACAGCUCUUCUGACUGAUAGUUUCUCUUUCCCAGUGUCUUUAUGACUAAGAAAGCUUGAUUGUCUUUCACUAAAAAUUACAUAAUCUUGGCAAAUUUUUAUCUCUCUUAUUGUAAAAUACAUGCAACUUGAAUCUAUAUGGCUUGUAAUUAUCUUUGUAGAACUUGUAGCUAUGAGGGUCUAUCCCUUGCUCUCCACUAUGUGUUUUUUUUCUACAUAUUGUAGUAUAUAUACAUAACUACUUAUUGUAUAUUGGUCUGUAAGUGUAACAGCAUUCAUUAUAAUUAAGCUUGAGCAAUGUCACCUCUAUGUGCGAAUCGUUUGGGUCCUAUUUCAAUUCAUUUUCUAAAAGACAUGUAGGGCAUGCAGAAAACUGUGUUUUCUAGUUGCUUCUCCCAAACUUCGCAUUCUUGAUCAUUUUUGGACUGGCUUUAAAGAGGCGUUUGCUUUCCACAUGUUUUAUUUUAUCAUUGUAAGUGUCUAGACAGUAAGUGAUAGUAAAUGUUUCUUCAGUUUGUGUGGCAUAAGAAGUGGUUAUGAUUGCUGUAUAUACUUCUGUAUUUAGAUUUGUGUGGUAAUUUUCAAAUUUAGAUGAAAUAACUAAUUAGAAUGUUUUCCACAAUCACUGUCUAUUGAUUAUGCCUAGAACAUGUGUAAUAAAAUCAUGAAAGUAAGUUAUAUAUAGUUAUUAUUAAAUCACGUUGUGUCAAGACUGAUGUAAAGUAAAAAACUAAACAAAAGCAUAACAAGAAACUUGCAUGAUCAGCAUUAAAUGUUUUUGUGUUUUAUAAAUUAAAUGUGACAGACAUCAACAGACAGGCUGCAUUAAGGUUAAUUCCCUUUGUACACUUAAAAAUGAACUGCUUUGCAAAAUGCUGAUUUUGCACCAGUAAGAAGGGAUUCUUGUAAAAAAUAUUAUUUUACUGUUUUUAUUGUUCAUUCCUAAAUCAUUAAAACAUGCAAAGUAACUCUAAGUACUUUCUUUCCUCUCCCUUAGUGUUACUUUUUUAAAGAAUUGUUGUCUUAGGUGCACAUAGAACAAAUUACUAGUUGUAGUGAGGCACUUGUGAAUACAUUGUGAACCCAACAGAUUUGCUUUUAAUGUUUUGCUUGGCCACUUUUGUGCUGACAGUGGCUGUCUCAAUUUCAAAAUCCCUCAGUGUCAAUGACUUGGGAUCAUUGUUCCUCAGAACAUGAAAUAAAUCUCUUUGUAUUGCUUA